CACGCUGUAUUAUCUCGGCCAUUUUUGUUGUUAGCUGCCAUAAAAGUAACGUUUGUUCACCAUUUUCAGUAUUUUCGAGAAUUAUAAACAUACGGCAUCACAAGUAACCUUUGCAAACAUGUCUGACUUCAUUGAGAGUGAAGCUGAGGAAUCUGAAGAGGAGUUUGAGGAGAAGGACUUGAAGCCCAAGAAGACUCAGCGGUUUAUGGAAGAUGAUGAUGAUGAAGAAGAAGAAGAGAACACAGAAGAUCAAGAUGAGCAUGGAAACCUAAGAGGGCUUAUUGAUGAUGGCAAUGAUGAAGAAGAAGAGGAGGAGGAAGAGGAAGAGGAUGGAAAUAGAAGUGGGGCUGUUGACAGCGACUCUGGUGAGGAGGUCCGUCAUCGACGCAGAAAGCGCAGUUAUGAUGACUACCUGGAUGAUGAUGAUCUGGACCUUAUUGAAGAGAAUUUGGGGGUCAAAGUGAAGAGGAGAAAAAAGAAGUAUUCACGAGUGAAAACAAUGGAUGAUGAAGGUGAAGAUGAUGAAAAAGACCUGAUUGCAGAUGAAAUUUUUACUGGAGAUGGUGAUGGAGAGGGAGAAGAAGGAGAAACUGUGGGUACGCUCCAUGCUGGAGAUGAUGAAGAAGAGGAGGAGGAAGAGGAAUCUGACAUAGAUGAUUUCAUUGUGGAUGAUGAUGGGCAGCCCAUCACAAAAAAGAAGGGGAAGAAAUUUACUGGCUACACUGAUGCUGCUUUACAAGAGGCUCAAGAGAUUUUCGGUGGUGACUUUGACUUUGCUGAGUUCGACACUGAGGCUUAUGAUCAUGCGGAGGAGGAAGAGGAGGACCAGGACGAUGAAGCAUGGGAUCGACCAAAGAAGCAGACCAAGAGAAGGGUGGGCCGCCGUAGCAUUUUUGAGAUCUAUGAGCCCAGUGAACUGGAGAGCAGUCACAUGACUGACCAAGACAAUGAAAUACGUUCCACAGACAUGCCAGAGAGGUUCCAGUUACGCUCUAUACCUGUAAAACCUGCUGAGGAUGAAGAGCUGGAAGAAGAGGCUGAAUGGAUCUACAGGAAUGCUUUCUCCACACCAACUAUUUCAAUGCAGGAAAGCACAGACUACCUGGACCGUGGGACCACCACUAACUUUAGCAGGAGAGGUCCCAGUACCAUUGCUAAGAUCAAGGAGGCCCUUAACUUCAUGAGGAACCAGCACUUUGAGGUUCCCUUCAUUGCGUUCUACAGGAAGGAAUAUGUAGAACCAGAACUCAACAUUAACGAUCUGUGGAAGGUCUGGCAGUGGGAUGAGAAGUGGACCCAACUGAAAACGCGCAAGCAGAACCUGACCCGUCUUUUCCAGAGAAUGCAGUCUUAUCAGUUUGAACAGAUCUCUGCUGACCCUGAUAAACCACUUGCUGAUGCUAUUCGUCCAUUAGACACAGCUGACAUGGAAAGACUAAAAGAUGUCCAGUCAAUGGAUGAGCUGAGUGAUGUCUACAACCACUUUCUGCUGUACUACGGACGAGACAUCCCCAAGAUGCAGAAUGCAGCCAAAGCUACCAAGAAGAAACUGAAGAAGAUCAAGGAGGUGUCAGAAGAGGAUGGUGAGGAAGCUGAAGUGGAAGAAGAGGAGGAGGAGGAAGAAGAGGAACAGAAGGGGCCAGAUCUCAAACAGGCCUCCCGCAGAGACAUGUACAGCAUCUGCCAGACUGCUGGACUUGAUGGAUUGGCCAAGAAGUUUGGUCUCACUCCUGAGCAAUUUGGUGAAAACUUGCGUGACAGUUACCAGAGACACGAAACUGAGCAGUUCCCCGCAGAACCCUUGGAGCUGGCCAAGGACUAUGUAUGCAGCCAGUUCAGUACUCCCGAAGCUGUUCUGGAGGGCACUCGCUACAUGGUAGCCAUGCAGAUUGCCCGUGAACCUCUCGUCAGACAUGUGCUGAGACAAACAUUUCAAGAAAGGGCCAAGAUUAACAUCAGGCCAACUAAAAAGGGCAAGAAGGAUGUUGAUGAGGCACACUAUGCCUACUCCUUCAAGUACUUGAAGAACAAACCUGUAAAGGAAUUGAGUGGAGACCAAUUCCUAAAGAUGUGCAUGGCUGAGGAUGAGGCUCUGCUCGCUAUAGACAUCUGCAUUGACUUGGUUGGAGUUAAAGGAUAUGCAGGUGAUCAGACCUACUUUGAUGAGAUAAAGCAGUUCUACUACAGAGAUGAGUUCAGUCACCAGGUUCAAGAGUGGAACAAGCAGAGAAUGCUGGCCAUUGAGCGGUCCCUGCAGCAGUUCCUCUAUCCACAGAUGGCCAAGGAGCUGAAGAACAAACUAAUUGCAGAGGCCAAAGAGAAUAUCAUCAAGUCAUGCUGCAGGAAACUGUACAACUGGCUGAAGGUAGCUCCAUAUCGACCGGACCAACAAGUUGAGGAGGAUGAUGACCUUAUGGAUGAGACCCAGGGCAAAGGCAUCCGUGUGCUGGGAGUGGCCUUUGCUUCCGGAAGAGACACACCUGUUUUCUGUGCUCUGAUCAAUGGUGAAGGAGAGGUUGUGGACUUCCUCAGGCUUCCUUAUUUCUUGAAGAGGAGGAAUGCAUGGAGAGAGGAAGAACGAGAAAAAAAGCUUCAAGACAUUGAAAAUCUGAAGAAGUUUCUACUCAGUAAGAAACCCCACGUUGUUGCUGUUGCAGGGGAAAAUCGUGACGCGCACAUGCUAAUGGAGGACAUCAAACGUACUGUCAGUGAGCUGGAGCAAGACUCCUCCCUGCCCGCUGUGGGAGUUGAGCUGGUUGACAACGAGUUGGCCACACUGUACAUGAACAGCAAAAAGUCUGAGGCCGAUUUCAGGGAUUACCCUCCCCUUCUCCGCCAGGCUGUGUCUGUGGCUCGCAAGAUUCAGGACCCCUUAGUUGAAUUUGCCCAGGUUUGCAGCAGUGAUGAGGACAUUCUCUGCCUAAAACUACAUCCACUACAGGAGCAUGUAGUGAAGGAGGAGUUGCUGGGAGCCCUCUACUGUGAGUUCAUUAAUCGGGUAAAUGAGGUCGGUGUGGAUGUGAACCGGGCCAUUGCUCACCCAUAUACACAGAGUCUGGUCCAGUAUGUCUGUGGAUUGGGACCAAGAAAAGGCUCCCAUCUGCUCAAGAUUCUGAAACAGAAUAACACUCGACUGGAAAAUCGGACUCAGCUAGUCACCAUGUGCCAUAUGGGACCUAAAGUGUUUAUCAACUGUGCAGGUUUUAUUAAGAUUGACACCGCUUCACUUGGAGACAGCACUGAUUCCUACAUUGAGGUUCUGGAUGGUUCUCGUGUACACCCUGAGACCUAUGAGUGGGCACGAAAGAUGGCUGUAGACGCUCUGGAGUAUGAUGAGUCAGCAGAGGAUGCUAACCCCGCUGGGGCAUUGGAGGAGAUCCUGGAGAACCCAGAGAGGCUGAAGGAUCUUGACCUAGAUGCCUUUGCUGAAGAGUUGGAGAGACAGGGUUAUGGCAACAAAGGGAUCACAUUGUAUGACAUCCGUGCAGAACUCAGCUGUAGGUAUAAAGACCUGCGUGCCCCAUACAGACCCCCCAACACAGAGGAGGUCUUUAACUUGCUCACCAAGGAGACGCCCGAAACCUUCUAUAUUGGUAAACUGAUCACCAGUGUUGUAACAGGCAUCGCUCACAGACGACCACAGGGGGAGAGUUAUGACCAGGCCAUUCGCAAUGAUGAAACUGGUCUGUGGCAGUGUCCCUUCUGCCAGCAGGAUAACUUUCCUGAACUUAGUGAGGUCUGGAACCACUUUGACAGUGGAUCCUGUCCUGGCCAAGCUAUUGGUGUGAGGACUCGUCUGGACAAUGGUGUCAUGGGUUUCAUUCCCACCAAAUUCCUCUCAGACAAGGUUGUUAAACACCCAGAGGAGAGAGUCAAGGUUGGCAUGACAGUGCAUUGUCGUAUCAUGAAGAUCGAUAUUGAGAAGUUUAAUGUAGACCUCACCUGUAGGACAUCUGAUCUGAGUGACAAGAACAACGAAUGGAAGCUUCCAAAGGACACUUACUAUGACUUUGAUGCUGAAGCAGAGGAUAUCAAGCAGGAUGAGGAGCAGAAGAAAAAGCAGCAGAGAACCACUUAUAUAAAGCGAGUCAUUGCCCAUCCAUCAUUCCACAACAUCAACUUUAAGCAGGCUGAAAAAAUGAUGGAGACAAUGGAUCAGGGUGAUGUGGUGAUCAGACCAAGCAGUAAAGGUGAGAACCAUCUGACAGUUACCUGGAAGGUGGCAGAUGGGAUCUACCAGCAUGUGGAUGUGCGGGAGGAGGGCAAAGAGAAUGCUUUUAGCCUGGGACACACGCUGUGGAUUAAUAAUGAGGAGUUUGAGGAUCUAGAUGAAAUCACUGCCCGUUAUGUGCAGCCCAUGGCAGCAUUUGCUCGGGAUCUGCUCAGCCACAAGUACUUUCAGGACUGCAACGGUGGUGAUAGGAAGAAAAUGGAGGAGCUCCUCUUUAGGGCCAAGAAGGAAAAGCCCACAUUCAUCCCCUACUUUGUAUCAGCCUGCAGAGACCUGCCAGGAAAGUUCCUGCUAGGAUACCAACCAAGAGGGAAGCCAAGGAUAGAGUAUGUGACCAUCACCCCUGAUGGGUUCAGGUACCGCUCCCAGAUAUUCCCCACGGUCAAUGGCCUGUUCCGCUGGUUUAAGGACCACUACCAGGAGCCUGUUCCAGGCAUCACGCCCAGCAGCAGCAGCAGAACACGAACACCAGCAUCUGUGAACGCGACUCCAGCCAACAUUAACAUUGCAGAUUUGACGCGAGCAGUUAACGCUCUGCCCAGGAACAUGACAUCACAGAUGUUUAAUGCCAUUGCGGCAGUAACAGGGCAGGGCCAGAAUCCCAACACUACUCCAGCCCAGUGGGCCUCCAGCCAGUAUGGCUACAGCGGAGGCAGCAGUGCAGGGGGAGGAGGCAGCAGCAGCGCUUAUCACGUUUUUGCCACACCUCAGCAGCCUAUGGCCACACCUAUGAUGACGCCCAGCUAUUCAUACACAACCCCAGGCCAGCAGCAGGCCAUGACUACACCACAGUAUCCCAGCAGCACGCCGCAGUCCUCCCAUGGGCACCAUCAGCACUCUUCCUCUACGCCGUCCUCCUCAUCAUCCUCCUCCAGGGUUCGGACACCACAGCCCAAAACCAGCAGUCACACAGCUGUGGACUGGGCUAAAAUGGCCGAGCAGUGGCUGCAGGAGAAAGAGGCGGAGAGACGGAAGCAGAAGACCCCUCGCAUGACGCCCCGCCCCUCACCUAGUCCCAUGAUCGAGAGCACGCCUAUGUCCAUUGCUGGAGAUGCCACACCGCUGCUGGAUGAGAUGGAUCGAUAGGAGUGGAUAGAAGUCCAUGUGACCCCUGUCCCAAUACCACACCAAAAAAAAAAAAAAAACAUCUUCCAUCUCCAUGUCUCUCUUGUAUUCUUAUGCUCUAUCUCUUGCUCUCUUUCACUGCUCCAAGUGUUUGAUUAUCAGAAAAGCAGUCAUUCAGAGCUGACAUUAGACUCUACAAAAAUGAGUUGAUGACCAACUUUUUCAGGAAAUGGACCUAUGAAGUUUGUCACAAAAUGUUUCUCUUUAUUUUCUUUUACAAACAAGCGCAUGCCAGCGCUCUAUUUUGUCUUUUUCCUAUUUUUGGUUCAGGUUUUAACAAGAACUAAGAAUUAACACAAGACUCUGAAUAAAAGCAUGAAUGGUGGACAGUCUCUGUUGCUUACAGUGUUGAAUUUUGUAAGCUGGCUAAUUCAGACUUGUAUCUUUAUUAAAUGUGGAUAUGAAUAAGACGCCACCAUUUGCUUCACUAAACAGAGCUGUUUCAUGUAUAUGAAUGAAUAAAACAAAAUUUAGGUAUGAACCUAAACACUGUAAUGCACACAUCUUGUGCUUUGUGUAACCAACCAGACUUUCUGAGCACUCAAAAAGCAGAUACAACCCUUUGUAGAUUUACCCCAUGUUCUAGUGUGCUGUGUUCAUAGUAAGACUUGCAUAUAAACAAACAAAAAUAACUUCUGUUUGAGGGCUAGUUUUCAUUUGUUGUAGCAUUAUGAACGUGUCAAGAACUGGAAAAGAGUCUUAAAUGACUCCCAUUACAUUCUGUACUCUACAGAUCUCCAAGUCCAGAACUAUGAUGGGUAGGAAUGCCACUUAUGGUAAACGCCGAUGUUUGAGGCUCUUUACACAUUUUCAGCUUUUGUGGUAUUUCUUUCAAGUUUAAUGUUUUAGUGGCUUCUCAGCCUGUUUUUUUAAUAUAUGAAUUAACAUUUAUUUAGAUUUUCUUUUAUCUUUUGAACAAUGUCUUUCUUAUUCUCCUGUUAAUGUGGUUAUAAGCUGGUUGAUUUUGAUAUGGUUCAGCUAAGAUAUUUAAAUUUUAGUCAUGAGCAAACAUUUCUUUUUAAAUUGUUUUUGUUUUUUUAAGCUGAACCAAACAUACUUGGUUCUUAGCAAAAGCAUGUUUUCUUCAUGCCUCAUCUCAUACAUAAAUGAAAAGUGACAAGUUCCUGAUGUGAAUUUCAUUAUACACCUAGUUAUUUUAGCGCCUAGUUAAUACUUUAUCAAUGUAUGGUGAUAUGCCCUUUUUAUAUAUAUAUUUUUUGUUAUAAUAUAUUUUUUCCCAAGGUUGCCAAGUAGCAUAGUCAUUCCUUCCUAUUUUAUUGAUAUUUUGGAAAUGUAUUCUUGCCCAAUCAUGUGUUCUGUACAGAAGUUGUAUCAUGUGACUGUAUGAUCUUGAUGGCAGGAGGUGAUGAAUGCAAAAAGAAUGACUGCUGUUUAGUGUAAUUCACUGCUAAGAUCGCUUUAAUUUCUUUCCUUUGAUAAAAUUCUCAAACGUAAAUACACAGACUCAAUGUCAGAGUGUUUAAUCGGCAUCUCUAGACUCACUGUUUUCUUAACAGUGAUCUAAAAUAGGAAAUGUCACAUAAACCAAGAGUUUUAAAAAAAAAGUGUUAUUACCAUUGCAAGCAUGUUUUGUAGCAGGUCUAAUGAAAACCCCGUUAGGUACCUUGGCAAGUCAAAUGCACUGAGGAUAAGAGAACCCAUCAUUAAAACUGAGCAUCAUGAUUCUCUCUGAUCGUUGAUACUAACUUGUCACAAAUUGGAUAACUGGGGGAAUAAUGUAAUUUACAAUAAGAAUUUGUGUUCAAAUAAAUAAAGGCCCUUGUCACAGUAA